CUUCAAUUAAGGCUACCCUACCCUAUCCCCUCCUAAGCACUACGAUUUCCCUGUGAGGUUAAAGAGCGACUCGCCAACGCAUCUAUUAGUUAACCCAAGCAGCGCAUAAUUGCAGCCACCAUGUCCGCCUCCGGCCAGCGCGAGGCGGUGUUCCCAACCCGUAUGACCCUGAACGUGACCAAGGGUCGAUUAAAAGGCGCACAGACGGGCCAUUCGCUGCUAAAGCGGAAGGCUGAUGCGCUGACCAAACGUUUCAGAACGAUCACGGGAAAGAUCGAUGAGGCGAAGCGUAAGAUGGGGAAAGUCAUGCAGCUUGCUAGCUUCAGCCUUGCUGAGGUACAGUACGUCACGGGCGAGAUUGGAUACUCGGUGCAGGAGAGCGUCAAGUCUGCUACUUUCAAGGUACAAGCAAAGCAGGAGAAUGUUUCAGGUGUUCUACUUCCCGCUUUCGAGGUGCAGUCAGGAUCAGGAGGGGCUGCGGAAUUCUCGCUUACGGGUCUGUCAAGAGGUGGACAACAAGUUCAAAAAGCACGCGAGACAUACAGCAAAGCUUUGACGAUGCUUGUUGAACUUGCGAGUCUGCAGACCGCGUUCGUAAUUCUGGACGAAGUCAUUCGGAUGACAAAUCGACGAGUCAAUGCUAUUGAGCACGUCAUCAUUCCAAGGCUGGAGAACACCAUUGCCUACAUUAUUUCCGAGCUUGACGAGAUGGACCGCGAGGAGUUCUUCCGCCUGAAGAAAGUGCAAGGAAAGAAGAAGCAGCGCGCCGAGCUGGAGGAUGCGGAGCGCAAGGCGAAGGAGAGUACAGGCAAUUAUGACCCGGUCAUUUCGUCUGGAACAGAGAGCGCUGGCGGGGGGAAAGACAUGCUCUCCGCUGGCAAAGACGAGGACGUCAUUUUCUGACUCCAAUUUGGCAGUCCUGGUCUGGCAACUUUUGUCUGGCUCCUAUUCUUUCCUCGAGCUUUUGAACGAAGCAUAGUGUAAUUCUACCCAAUUUUCCAAUGACUGACGACGACAUGUAUAUGCUGCUGGCAAAUGACCCU